GGUUUACUCUAUCAACCAGUGUUAGUUGUGUCAACGAAUGUGUCAAAAUAUGCUCCAUAGACCUGCUGGAAACAGCAGUCAAAUCUUCGUCAAACUAUUAUCGUCUUGGAAAAAGAAAGACACAAUUUCUUUUCUGAGUUUAUAUCUCCCCAUAUUCAACACUGCAUUCCAUUCUUGUUAUGCCGUAAAAGAACCACAGUAGCAUAUUGGUUUCAAAUUUUAGCAGAAUCCCAGUAAUUUCGGGGGAGGGGGUUAGUCGAUUACGUCGACUCCAUGCUCGACUAGUAUUUAUUUUAUCGACCUCGAAAUAUGAAAGAUAAAGUCAACCCCCGCGGAAUUUGAACUCAGAACUUGCCGCUAAGCAUUAAGUCCCGCACGGUGGCGAUUCUACUAGCUUGCCGCCUUAAAUCAGAGAAGCAUAUUAAAAAUGAAUUCUCUUCCCAAGUUUGGUGAUUUGUAAAGUUUACUUUCAUUUUAACUGAGAUAACGUGUUAUAUGCAAAGAGACAUAACAUUUGUUCACCCUCUUCCCUUCCGUGAAUCACUUCUAUGUCACCAUUCUACUAUAUUAUUUAUUUUUAUUGCUUUUAUACAAUGUAUACAUAUAUUUUGGAGGUGUCAUUAAUUUUGUUCUGAGUCUAGUUAAUUCAUCACACAUGCACACACACGCACAAUACAUUAAAACUCUGGUUCGUUUCGUCAUUUCAAGUUUUAGACGAAACCAAAUCCGUCAGCAUGGCUUCUCUCGUCAAGCCAGUGUUUUUAUUAAGAUGUCAACAGUUAAUAUCUCGGUAUUCGAAGACUAUUAUUCAGUCUCGAAAAUUACCAGCCGCAUGCUGUUCUACUUCCACUGAUGAUCCCAUUAAACUCAAGGAAAAUGAAUCUACCUUACUGCCAAAGGAUCCACUACCUAUCUUUCUUAAUGAAAACACACAAACAAUAUUACAGAAAAUUACAGGUUUUGAUUUAGAGAAGAUCUUCAGAACAAAGAAAAUUCCACUGAGAAAUCCUAAAUAUAAACUAAUGGUCCAAGAGGAACUUGAAAAGGAACAAGCAAAAGCAGUUGCACUGGGAAAAGCUCGACUUCAAAUGCCUCCUGUAAUGAAAGAAGAAAAGGAUUUGUCAGAUGUGGUGUUAUCCAAUGAUACUUGUCUUGAUAAAUUGAACAAAAAAAAGCUGGUGUUUACUGAUAUUUCACUUGAUGUUUCUCACAAGAAAAGAUUUAUUGUGGUUCGAGAACCAGAUGGCAAACUCCGGCAUGCAUCAGUUGAUGAACGUACAAGACUUAUACAGACUUAUUUUCCUUUUGAAGGGCGUAAAAUAUUGAGUCCCAAAAUGUUUCAAGGGGAACAAUUAGAGAAAUUACUUGAGAAAGGUUCCUUUGAGUACAUCUUGGAUAAAGCUUGUAUCCAGUUUGAACCAGAUCAUCCUGACUACAUUCGGGUAACACAAAGGACAUAUGAAUUUAUUCAACAAGUCGGCGCUUUUGAUACACUGCGAUCUACACGUCACUUUGGUCCAAUGGCAUUCUACUAUAUAUGGUAUAACAAAGUUGACCGGCUGUUGAUGGACAUGAUCGAACGGAACCUAAUAUCUGAUGCUGCUGAUGUGGUCCGACUUUAUAAUUUAAUUCACGCUGAUUCAUCUUGUGCUGAGACUAGUCAGGAUGUUGACAAUGAUCUUGACCUGUUAAAGAUCUUUUGUGUUACCAGUUCCACAGAGAAGCCUCACCUAGAGUUGACUCUGCAAGUGUACGAAGACAAACAAAAUGGUGAAGAAUAUCAAGAAUCCAGUGUAUCAUAAUGAUUUUAAAAAUGAAAAAAUAGAAAAAAAUACCCCAAUUAUUUGCAGUUAUCUAAAAUAGAUAUUUUUUAUCAAUGAACUUUACGUAGAAAUUAAAUAAAAAUUAUCUUUAAAAAACA